GCGGCUAAACGCGAUAAUAAUAAAAAAUUAAAUUAACUGGCAAAUAAUGGAAAUAUUUUUGGAAUUUUGCCUUCGCUAUAAUAUUAUGAAUUAAAUAUGGUACUGUUCCUACUGUAACAUAGACAAUUCUAAUAAUAUUUAUUCCUUCUCGGAACAUUACCGCCAAACGUCGUCGCACGAUAAGGUCAUAAUUACCGGUUGAUAAGGAAGUAAAAUCCUUUAUAAAAUCGCGCGAUGACAGUAUUAUUUACAGGCUCCACGAAUUUUCUUUAUACGAGCCAGUUGUGCGGCAUAAACGAAAUUACGAAGUAAUUGCUGUUGCGGUGUCAGAUUUUUGUUGGGGAUAUUCCCGUUAAUUCAGUUUCCAGAAGCGCGCUAUAAUCGUCCACAUCACACGUCACUGUCACAGGACGCUGUAAAUUUUCUCCAAAUUAAUUAUGAUUAUAUUUAAUUCCAGUCCCUCGUCGUGUGCUCGUUGCAUGUUGAGACGGCGGAGACAUGGUUCCGGUUUUCUCCAAAACGGAAAUUAUUUAGACCCUGAAACGCAGCUAUUUAAAUAACGCAGUCGUCCCAGAAUAUUCCCACUUUUCUGGCUGCAGCGGCACACGAAUAUAUAGUCCAGUUUUAGUCUUUUGACCGUUUUUAUUUUUCUUUUUGAGUUAUCUCACUCAAACCGUGCUUUAUAUUAGUUAAGUCAUUUCUAUGAAAUUACAAAAGUUUCUAGCUAAAGGAAAACAUUUUCUCAACUUUUUCAAAAAAAUAUUAAUUUUAUUUUUCGAAAAAAUCAUUUUGAAUAUUUUGGUGAGUUAACUGUUAAUCUAAGUCGGCACUUAUGUGUGUAAUCAUUCUUCUUUGCCGCCCUUAUUUCUGAAUUUUACUUUAGCUUGACAGAUUCGUUGUGAAUUUUCUAAAACAUUAUCGGUCCAUUUUAAAACUUUUUUGUUAGCGAAAACGUUAAGAAAAUACUCUGCUCGCGAUGGUUAACGACACGGUGGCCGCGUUUAAUGCCACGACGACCAGCAAUAUUCCCAGCGCGCUGGAGCUGUUUCGGCCGCAAGUGGAGCUGUACAUCAUCGUCACCGUGACGGUGGGAUUCGGCGGGGCCCUGCUGAUCCUGCUGUUGCUAUGCGCCAUGGCCUUGGGAACACAGACGCGCGGCGGCGCCAAUAUCCUCAUCGUCAACUUACUGCUGGCGGAGUUUAUCAUGUGCUCCUCGCUGGUGCCGCAUCAGGCCUUCAGUAUCUAUUUUCCCUUUGCACGCAUUGAGCAGACUGGGUGUCGGUAUAAUUAUGUAAUCUGGAUGAUCCUGAUGAGCUACAGCCAGUGGCUGACGUGUGCGCUGGCCGUCAACCGGGUGGUGGCGACACUAGCGCCGCACUACUACUACCGCACCGCGUCCGGCAGCGCCAUCGGACUGACCAUCGUCUUCUGCUGGGCGGUGGCCUGCGCCUGCUUCCUGCCGUUUUUCUUCAAUACCGGCGGAUACUAUGAUUCCCUCCCGCCCUGGAUGAGCUGCAGCAUCAGGACAUCGCUCCCCUGGGCCAAACUGGCCAUGUACACGGUGGGCUUCUACGCCCCCAUGGCGAUAAUGGGCACCUGCUACGCCCUCAUCCUGCUGUACGUCGUCGGCAAGAGGCUGCGGCGCCCGCUGGGCGGCGCGGCCGGCGGUGACGUGUUCUCGCAGGCGGAACGGCAGCGUUUGGCCAUUGCGCGGAUGCUGAUGGCCAGUGCGCUGUGGUACUACGCCUGCUACCUGCCCAACACCAUCGUGGCCACGUCCUUCUAUCCGGUGUAUGUCCGCUAUCCACUCCUGCAGCUGUGGCUCAGGACCAUCUUCUUCCUAGGCUACGGCGGAAAUCCGCUGAUCUUCUUCACGAUGUGCAAGGACUACCGCAACGGGCUGCGAUCACUCGGGAAACGGCUGCGCCAGACGGUUGGCUGCGCCGCAAAACGGCCGUUGUCCUGCGGAACGGUGACCCCGGUGAAGACGACCCUAGUGUCGGUGAUAUCGGCUGAACGCAGUCGCGGCGGGGAGAAGGAUGCCGCGUUCGGUGGGGUGUACUACGCGGCGGAUGAAGAAAACUAGUGCGCAUGCGAUUCCCGCUGCUGUUCUUUUAUCUUUUAUUUAAUGUAUAUUUUAUAAUAAUUUGUUAUGAAGUUUAAUUUUUUUUAAAUGAUUUAUUUUCGCGAAUUCGCCGCUGUUUUAUUACAACGAUGUAUUAUGUGUUUCUAUCUAUAUUUUAAUAGUCAAAUCAUUUUUCUUUUUUUCCAUUUUUCAUUUUUUUUCUUUAUGUUUAAUUUUAUUUAAUUUUUUCAUUGUUGUAAUAAUUUUUCUUUUGUCGGUGAUUUUAUUUUUGUGUGUUUUAAAAUGCCUAAUUUUUGUGUGUUUUAAAAUGCCUAAUUUUUGUGUCUGUUUUAGAAUUAUUUUUAACAUGUGCAAAUGCAACGACUGGUAUCGGAUACUUCGAAGUAUGAUAUUUGCGGUACGUGUCCUGGUGAUGAUGAUCCACUGUCCCGGUUCACACGCGAUACAUUCACGUGGGAAAUUUGAUCCGCUUUUACAGCAACGUUAUACUGAGAUUAAAUGGCAGCGUUUCUUCCUUGUGCCGGCUUUCACCGAAAGUGUGC